AGGUGCCAGAUGCUGCCCUGCCAAAGCCCCCGUCCCCGGCAACCCCACCACCAAGGCUCCCUGGCUUUCCAUCCUCCUGGAUUCCCAGAAUCCGGGCUCCGACUCCUCCUCAGAGAGAGAGGGGGAUGAUGUCACUUCCUGAGGGUGGGGGAAGGAGUAGGCACGACCCCGCAGCCAGCCCGCCAGCCCGCCCUGCCGGCCGCCGCUCACCCGCCUGCGGCAGGAGCAGCCCUGGCGGGGCUGGAUGGAGUGGCUGCACGGGGGCCAGGGACAAGGAGACAGGACGGGCUGGACAUGCUGGCCGGCCCCCCGACCCCACGCCCCCCAGCCCCGGCCGCCCCGAGGACAGUGCCUGCUGGCCGGGGAAGAUUUGGUCGCUUCCUGCUGGUCUCUGCGGACCCACGGGGAGAGGAAGACCUGCCGCUCGCCCCUGGACCAGGAGGUGAGCGCCAGGCCCGCUGAGCCUCCCCGAGCUGCCAGCCAUGCCCGGGAUCGUGGUGUUCCGGCGGCGCUGGUCUGUGGGCAGCGAUGACCUCGUCUUGCCAGCCAUCUUCCUCUUCCUCCUUCACACCACCUGGUUUGUGAUCCUGUCCGUGGUGCUCUUCGGCCUGGUCUACAACCCGCACGAGGCCUGCUCCCUGAACCUGGUGGACCACGGCCGCGGCUACCUGGGCAUCCUGCUGAGCUGCAUGAUCGCCGAGAUGGCCAUCAUCUGGCUGAGCAUGCGUGGGGGCAUCCUCUACACAGAGCCACGCGACUCCAUGCAGUACGUGCUCUACGUGCGCCUGGCCAUCCUGGUGAUCGAGUUCAUCUACGCCAUCGUGGGCAUCGUCUGGCUCACGCAGUACUACACCUCCUGCAACGACCUCACCGCCAAGAAUGUCACACUUGGGAUGGUCGUGUGCAACUGGGUGGUCAUCCUGAGUGUGUGCAUCACCGUCCUCUGUGUCUUCGACCCCACGGGCCGCACCUUCGUGAAGCUCAGAGCCACCAAGAGGAGACAGCGCAACUUGCGGACCUACAACCUGCGGCACCGCUUAGAGGAGGGUCAGGCCACCAGCUGGUCGCGCCGGCUCAAAGUGUUCCUGUGCUGCACGCGGACCAAGGACUCCCAGUCAGAUGCCUACUCGGAAAUCGCCUACCUCUUCGCCGAGUUUUUCCGGGACCUCGACAUCGUGCCAUCCGACAUCAUCGCCGGCCUGGUGCUGCUCCGGCAGCGGCAGCGGGCCAAGCGCAAUGCCGUGCUGGACGAGGCUAACAAUGACAUCUUGGCCUUCCUCUCUGGGAUGCCAGUGACCAGAAACACCAAGUACCUCGACCUGAAGAACUCGCAAGAGAUGCUCCGUUACAAAGAGGUCUGCUACUACAUGCUCUUCGCCCUGGCAGCCUACGGCUGGCCCAUGUACCUGAUGCGGAAGCCAGCCUGCGGCCUCUGCCAGCUGGCCCGGUCCUGCUCGUGCUGCCUGUGCCCUGCGCGGCCCCGGUUCGCCCCCGGGGUCACCAUUGAGGAAGACAACUGCUGUGGCUGCAAUGCAAUAGCCAUCCGGCGUCACUUCCUGGAUGAGAACAUGACUGCAGUGGACAUCGUCUACACAUCCUGCCACGACGCGGUCUAUGAGACACCCUUCUACGUUGCAGUGGACCAUGACAAGAAGAAGGUGGUGAUUAGCAUCCGUGGAACUCUGUCCCCCAAGGACGCCCUGACGGACCUGACAGGCGAUGCUGAGCGCCUCCCUGUGGAGGGGCAUCACGGCACCUGGCUGGGUCACAAGGGGAUGGUCCUGUCUGCCGAGUACAUCAAGAAGAAGCUGGAGCAAGAGAUGGUGCUGUCCCAGGCCUUCGGGCGAGACCUGGGUCGCGGCACCAAGCACUACGGCCUGAUCGUGGUGGGCCACUCCCUGGGUGCGGGCACCGCUGCCAUCCUCUCCUUCCUCCUGCGCCCGCAGUACCCAACCCUCAAGUGCUUUGCCUACUCCCCACCAGGGGGCCUGCUGAGUGAGGACGCCAUGGAGUACUCCAAGGAGUUUGUGACUGCUGUGGUUCUGGGCAAAGACCUCGUCCCCAGGAUUGGCCUCUCACAGCUGGAGGGCUUCCGCAGGCAGCUGCUGGACGUCCUACAGCGUAGCACCAAACCCAAGUGGAGAAUCAUCGUGGGGGCCACCAAAUGCAUCCCCAAGUCGGAGCUGCCUGAGGAGGUAGAGGUGACCACCCUGGCCAGCACGCGGCUCUGGACCCACCCCAGUGACCUCACCAUUGCCCUCUCAGCCAGCACCCCGCUCUACCCGCCUGGCCGCAUCAUCCACGUGGUCCACAACCACCCUGCCGAGCAGUGCUGCUGCUGUGAGCAGGAGGAGCCCACGUACUUUGCCAUCUGGGGUGACAACAAGGCCUUCAACGAGGUGAUCAUCUCGCCGGCCAUGCUGCAUGAGCAUCUCCCCUACGUGGUCAUGGAGGGGCUCAACAAGGUGCUGGAGAACUACAACAAGGGGAAGACAGCCCUGCUGUCUGCAGCCAAGGUCAUGGUGAGUCCUACAGAGGUGGAUCUGACCCCGGAGCUCAUCUUCCAGCAGCAGCCGCUGCCCACGGGGCCACCCAUGCCCACUGGCCUGGCCUUGGAGCUGCCUGCUGCAGGCCAUGCCAACAGUAGUGUCAGGAGCAAGUCCCAGUCGGAGAUGAGCCUGGAGGGUUUCUCCGAGGGGCGGCUGCUGUCCCCUGUGGCCGCUGCGGCAGCCCGCCAGGACCCCGUGGAGCUGCUGCUGCUGUCCACACAGGAGCGGCUGGCGGCGGAGCUGCAGGCCCGGCGGGCGCCGCUGGCCACCAUGGAGAGCCUGUCGGACACGGAGUCGCUGUACAGCUUCGACUCGCGCCGCUCCUCUGGCUUCCGCAGCAUCCGCGGCUCGCCCAGCCUGCAUGCCGUGCUGGAGCGCGACGAGGGCCACCUCUUCUACAUUGAUCCCGCCAUCCCGGAGGAGAAUCCAUCGCUGAGCUCGCGCACCGAGCUGCUGGCGGCGGACAGCCUGUCCAAGCACUCGCAGGACACGCAGCCGCUCGAGGCGGCCCCGGGCAGCGGGGGCGUCACCCCCGAGCGGCCCCCGAGCGCGGCGGCCAAUGAGGAGGAGGUGGAGGCGGGCGGGGACCGCGGCGCACCCGCCCCGCGCAGCGAGCUGGCUCUGCACAACGGGCGCCUGGGGGACUCGCCCAGCCCCCAGGUGCUGGAGUUCGCAGAGUUCAUCGACAGCCUGUUCAACCUGGACAGCAAGAGCAGCUCUUUCCAGGACCUCUACUGCAUGGUGGUGCCCGAGAGCCCCACCAGCGACUACACCGAGGGCCCCAAGUCCCCCAGCCAGCAAGAGAUCCUCCUCAGGGCCCAGUUCGAGCCCAACCUGGUGCCCAAGCCCCCACGGCUUUUUGCCGGCUCGACCGACCCUUCCUCGGGCAUCUCCCUCUCGCCCUCCUUCCCGCUCAGCUCCUCCGGGGAGCUCAUGGACCUGACGCCCACCGGCCUCAGCAGCCAGGAGUGCCUGGCCACCGACAAGAUCCGGACUUCGACCCCCACGGGCCACGGGGCCAGCCCAGUCAAGCAGGAUGACCUAGUCAUAUCGGCACGCUAGCACACCCCCCACCCCACCACCACAGCUGCUUCCAGCCGAGGGGCCCAGGGCAGAGUGGGGGGGCUCCACGUGGGCAUGGGGCAUCACUGCGCUGAGCUUGGGGGUCCGCAUCCCUACCUCAGCCUAGGACCCCCAGAGCCAAGGUGGCUGGAAUCUGGUUCCCCAUAUGAGGAAAGCUGGAGGAGCCCAGGACGACCUGGGGUGACUGGGCCAUCCUCAGUCUGACGGCACCUCGUGCCCUGCGUCAGGGCGUAGGACGCUGGCCACCCUCACUGCCCCGGCCUCAUUGCCCAGGCCACACCUUAGAGCAGUGCCUGCACACAUACUGUCCCCUAUUGGGCCAGGUUGGCACCUGCCCUGGGCACCCCCCUCCGCGGGACUCCCUGCCCCACCCCACCAAGGUGGCCCACAGUGCUGUAAGUGUUUACAGAAGCUGCUGGGCAGGCUCAGGUCUGCCCUGGGCUUCUUGCAAGCCCUGUCCCCCAUCUCCCUCCCACUGCCACCUGCCUAGAGGCUGCCUCCCUACAGGACCUGGGAAGGCCUGCUGGGGAAUGGGGUGAGGAUUAGCCCUUCUCUGCCCGUACCCCUUAACACUAACCCCGUGUCUGAGUCCUACACACCCUGGUCUACCCCGCUGCCCCCAGGGCUUCCAGCCUUGCAGAAGGUGGUGGGCGUUGUUGGGGCACCCCUGGCUGCACGGAGCCUCCUGCCUCUGGGAGGCCCCAUUCCUUUAUGCAUCCAAACCCCAUACCUAGGCAGCUCUGGGAAUCAGGCUUUCUUCCCGCCUACCCCCAGUGGUCCUGUGGACAGGAAGUGGGGCCAAGAGGGAGGGACUGUGGGACUUGGCAAGACACCCUGCAGCCAGGUUAGGGGCCAGGAGGGCCGGGGGCUGCUCUGGUCUGCCCCCAGGCUCCCAUGGGGGCUCCUUCCCUGUUGGGUUU